AUGUGUUGGACUCGGUGGCGCCUUCUCCAUCGCGAAGAUUGCACUGUCUCUGGGACUUCAACGACGUGGUAUGCCGGUGACAGACUUGUUGCAAACUGUUAUCUGGAGUCAAAUCAACAGGCAUUUCUGGGCCUGCAGUGUAGAGCUCUGUUUCUCCGUCUCCCGGCUCCUGUACCUUACUCAAUUGCAUUGAGCGCUGCGCUUAGUUGCGCGGUGGUGGUCAUUGUCCUCUUGGUGCAGCUGAAUGAUCUUUACGAUGCAAAUGAACAUGUGACGCUGGAAAGCCUCCUCAUCGGGCUUCAAAUUGCUGCGAGUUUCUGCGCAACUGUCUCGAAUCUCCUGGUCCCGCGUCGGCCCGAUGUAUUUCACCACGGGACUCCUGUGGAUCGAGAAUACUCGACCUCCUUUCUGGGAUGGCUGAGCUUCAGCUGGAUAGCACCAUGGCUGAAAACUUGCACAGUGCGGAUCAGCAACUUGCCCCAGUUCGGCUACAGCUUGCGGGCUGAGAGUGCACUCCGCACAUGCUUUCAGAUGAUGAGCGGUGGAACUUCCGGCGCUCAAGGGCUAUGGGUGGUGAUUCUACAGUCCGAGCUUGGUCUUCUGUCCUGGCAGGGGAUCAUCACGCUGAGCUCAUCCCUCCUGGGAUUCGUGCCCCAGUUCGCCGUGAUGAGGGUUCUCUCGACGCUAGAGAAAAGCCGGCAGGGCGAAAGAGACGAGGCCCGCUUAUACACCUUCCUCGUCCUUAUCUGUACCUCGACCAUGGCAACAGCCAUCCUGGAUAGCUUGAAGUACUGGAUCUCGUACGGCAAGCUUUCCAUCCGCGUGCAGCAGCGGCUGACAGUAGCCCUCUUCGACAAGGCCGUCCGCCGGAAUGUGGGCGCGGCAUGCGCGUCGAAGACAGGCAGAGCGAAGGGAAAUAAUCUCGAGGGCCCGCUGAAUCCUAUCAGCCUGGCGGCGGUGGAUGCGAAGACCGUCGCUGACUUCGUCUGCCUGACCUUUCAGCUCUACGAAACGCCGGCAAAGCUGCUUGUGGCAUCCGUAUUCCUGUGGACUCUCUUGGGUUGGGAAGGCCUGCUGGCCUGUGGGAUCGUCCUCGUUCUCAUAAGCUGCGGAAACUCGUACACUGUCAAGAGAUAUUCUCAGGGUCAGCGCAAUCUGCACCAGUCCCGCGACCAGAGAUUGACUCUCGUCACGGAGGUGCUACGGGGCAUCCAGCAUGUCAAGUUCGCCGCCCUUGAGGACCGGUGGGAAGGGCGAGUCGGUGACCUGCGCGGCCAAGAGAUGCGCGCACAAUGGUCUGCGUAUCUGUGGCAGACCUUCAUGUUCUCUCUGUACUUUCUGAGUCCGAUUCUGCUCUCCGUGGCGGCUCUGGGGGUGGCACUGCUGAGAAACCGUGAUCUGACUGCGACCACUGCCUUCACAGCGAUUACUGUGCUGAAUUCUAUUGAGAUGUCGCUGAGCGUGCUGCCAGAUAUCAUCUCAAACUUGGCCAGCGCGUUUGUGAGUAUGCAGCGCCUCAGCCGCUUCUUCGCGGAGCCAGACCACGUGUCGAGCGUGGUGCCGUCCGAGGUGAUUGAAUUAAGGGACGCGACACUGGCUUGGCCGUCGUCCCCGGCGUCCCUUAGCGGCGUGAAUCUGAAAUUCCCCAGGGGUGCAUUGAGCAUCAUCACCGGCGCCACGGGGACGGGGAAGAGCUUCCUCCUGCCCGCCAUCCUUGGAGAAUCCUAUCUAGUCGCUGGUACAAUUAGCGCUCCUACUCCGCUUUGCAUCCAGUCUGAGCCCGGUCAAUGCUCGCGAGGCGGGAUAGCAUACGUUCCUCAGGUUCCGUGGAUUGAAUCAGAGACAACAUUCUGUUUGGAACUCCCUUCAGUCCGGACCGACGAUUUAUUCAGCGCCGUGGAUGUGCAUACGCUGGCCCACCUGCAUCGUCAUGCGCUGAUGGGAGAGAUCGCCCGCGGGAGGACCCUGAUUCUGGUGACGCAUCAUGUCGAUGUCUGCCUGUCCUCGGCGGAAUACCUGGUGACUGUGGGCAAUGGCACUGCGGUUGCGAUGUCGGUGGAGGAUGCUCGACGGGAGCAAUUGGGCAAGAUGCACCCUGUGACGACCGUUGAUAAUGAGGGCCUGCAGGAAUGUGAGCCUCAGAUAGAACAUAUUCAGGCUCCUAGUAGAGAUGACGAGGAAACUGCAGGGUUGAGCUGGGACGCACUUCGGGCGUACGCGACGCAAGGAGGUUCACCAUACUUCUGGGUUCUGGUGAUCGUGUCCUUUGUCGGUUAUAGCGGACUCUUGCUGGGUCGGCUCUGGACCACUCGAAAUGCCAGCACACCAGACCCCGAUCAUCUCCAGUAUUAUCUUGCCAUCUACAUUGGACUAUCCCUCAUCACUGGCAUGGUUGGAAUCGCCCGCUGCUAUCUCAUCAUCUGCGUUGCCUUUCGAGCUUCCCAGCGCCUGUUCAAUCAGAUGCUCCAUACAAUCCUCCGCGCUCCGCUGCAAUGGCACGCUGCCGUCCCCUCUGGCCGCAUUCUGGCCCGGUUCUCCUCCGAUGUGACCGUGAUCGAUUCCCGGUUGGUAAGGGACCUGCGCAACACCCUCGACCGCGUCGCCGAUGUCGCCAUGGCCCUUGCGGCAGGGUCCCUUGUGAGCCCCCUCGUCCUACUCGUCGCAGCUGCCCUGGUGCUUCUGUAUCACCGCUUCGCACACACCUCCUUGCGCGCAUCUCGCAUGCUUAAUCGCCUCACGAGCGCCGCUAAAGGCCCCAUCUACGGACACUUCGAUGCCUGUCUGGCCGGACUCCCCGUCAUCCGUGCCUUCGGCCGCGUCGAUGCCUACCGCCAGUCAUUCCUCGACAAGGUCGACGAUCACAGCCGGGCAUACUUCUCUCUCCGCCUGCUCAACCGCUGGCUGGGUUUCCGCAUCAACAUGAUCGGCGCGGGAUUCUCCGCCGCCUCCGCCGCGUUGAUUGUCUCGCUGCGCGACGUCGAUGCCGGCACCGCCGGGUUCGCGCUCAGCUUCACCAUGCAAAUCUCCGCCUCGAUUGGGCUGGUCAUCCGCUACUACGCCUUCCUCGAACAGGAUAUGAAUAGCGUGGAGCGGGUGCGCGGGUACGCGCGGCUCGAGACGGAGCGGUACGAAGGGCGCGAUGCGCCCGCCGUCUGGCCCACCCGGGGUCGUAUCGAGGUCUCCGAUCUGGCCGUGCGACACGCGCCGCAUCUACCUUCCGUGCUACAGGGCAUCACUUUCCGGGUGGAGGAGGGCGAGCGCGUGGCUGUGGUAGGGCGCACGGGCGCCGGCAAGUCCUCGCUUGUUUUGGCGCUGUUUCGGAUCCUUGAAGCGGCACAGGGUCAGAUCUUCGUGGAUGGCAUUGAUAUCUCGCAGCUGAAGCUGCAGAUGCUCCGCGGCAGAAUUGCGGUUAUUCCGCAGGAUCCGGCGAUCUUCCGCGGGACGAUCCGGUCGAAUCUGGACCCGUUCGAGGAGCACGAGGAGAGCGAGCUCCUUUAUGCGCUGGAAAGUGUCCGGUGGACGCUUGACGCUCCGGACGCAUCCGGUGAGUGUUCGCCUCUGGAUCGCGCGGUGGCGGCCGGGGGGAGCAACCUCUCGCAGGGCCAGCGCCAGCUGCUCUGUAUCGCGCGGGAGAUCGUCUGGCGACCCAAGGUCUUGGUGCUGGAUGAGGCGACGUCGGCGGUGGACAAGCAGAGUGAUCGACUGAUCCAGCAGUGCCUCCGGACUGUCUUUGGGGCGGCUCUACCACGUUGCUGGUCGUUGCGAAUAGGCUGGAAACGGUGGCUGAUUUUGAUCGGAUCCUGGUGCUGGAUGCUGGCAGGGCGGUUGAGUUUGGGAGUCCGCUGGGGCUGAUGGAAAGGGAGAAUGGGAUCUUUCGGGAGAUGGUCGAGCAGGAUCAAGAGAGAGAGUCAUGCUGAAGAAAAUGAUUGCCAGAGGGAGAUGAUUGUAUAUUACAUAUUCUCGAGUUUAUUUGUAUUGAUUUCUCUAUUGCCCCCGAGGUUAACUAUAUUCUGUACUGGAAGGACCUCGACUC